AUCAGCCCCGGAAACAUGAGCUCGAUCGACUUUGACGAGGUGUUGGUGCACGUGGGAGAGAAGGGAAAAUAUCAGAACAUCAUGUACUACCUUCUUUGCAUCCCGGCAACUCUACCAGCCGCCUUUUUGGCCUUUUCGCAAGUGUUUGUGAGCGCGUCGCCGGAUCAUUGGUGCAGGGUACCGGAACUGGAGAAUCUGACCGAUCUGAUGACGCUGAACGAGAGGAAGGCCCUGUCUUUGCCGUACACCGAGAAAUCGGACGGCAAGGUGAAGUACUCGAAAUGCAAGAUGUACAACGUCAAUUACACGUCCAUCGUCGAUUCGUGGCUGAGCGAUGCGAUGCUGGAGAACGCGACGGAGGGUAGCCGCGACGUAAGGCAUCCGUCGAGGGACAGGUUACCACCGCCACCGGUCGGUAAUCCCGACUGGCCGGUCAUCGGCUGUCAACACGGCUGGAUCUACGACACCCGGGACUACGACAGCACCCUGGUCACCGAGCUAGACUUGGUAUGCGACAACAGCUGGUGGCCUUCCACCUCUACCACGUUCUUCUACGUCGGUAGCCUAUUCGGGAACGUGGUGUUUGGCUGGAUCGCCGACAAAUGGGGCAGAAGAACGGCCUUCUUUGCCAUCCUGUUCCUCGAAGUCAUACUCUCGAUCGCCACCAGUUUCAGCCCAAACUACGUCAUCUACACGGUGUUGAGGACCGUGAACGGCCUCUUCUUUCCAGCAAUCUAUCAGAUACCUUUUAUACUAGCUCUCGAACUGAUGGGCCCGAGAUACAGAACAUUCGCUGGCAUGGUGAUUAGCAUGUUCUUCGCGUCGGCGAUGUCUCUUCUAGCCUUGCUGGGUUACCUCCUCAGGCAUUGGUUCGCGUUGUCGUUGGCCACCUCGGUCCCUUUCGUUCUCCUCUUCAGCUACUAUUGGAUCAUUCCCGAGUCGCCGCGAUGGCUUCUCAGUAAAAACAGAAUAGACGAGGCGGAAGUGAUCGUUCAGCGUAUGGCCAAGAUCAACGGUAGGACGGUACCGAAUAACUUUCUUAGGAAAAUGGAGCUGGAGAUUCUGCGGCGGCAAGGUAUCUCGUGCAACGGCACCAAUUCCGGAGAUAGCGAGACGACCGACACGGUGGACAGAUCACCCCCGCCUGCGGCCACACCGAUGGAUCUCAUUAGAAACCCAAACAUCAGGAAAAAGUUCUUCAUUCUUGCGUUCGACUGGGUGGCGAACGCGGUAGUGUACAACGGAUUGUCGUACAACACGACGAACCUCGGCCUCUCCGAUUACCUGGCCUUCUUCAUCGGUGGCCUGGUCGAGAUACCGUCUUACGUGAUCACGUGGUACGCCAUGGACAGACUGGGCAGAAGAUGGGUCUUGUGUUUGACGAUGCUUUUAGGUGGAGUCGCCUGCGUUUCCUGCAUGUUCGUUCCCGAAGCAGACGCCGUAUGGGUGACGGUGUCCUUGGCGAUGAUAGGGAAAUUUGGGAUCGCGGCGUCGUUCGCCGUUUUCUACGUGUUCGUCGGCGAAUUGCUACCAACGGUGCUGAGGUCGCAGGCGAUGGGAGUCGCUUCGUUCAUCGCGGGUAUCGGUUUGCUCGGUUUCCCCUACAUCGUUCAUCUGGCCGUCUAUUCGAGGGUACUUCCGUUGAUCAUAAUGGGUACGCUCAGCGUCGCUGGAGCUCUCACCUCCAUCUUUUUGCCCGAGACCUUGAACAUUCACCUGCCGCAGACGAUCGAGGAGGGUGAACUUUUUGGGGCGGACUUUAAGCUAUGGUCCUGUCCAACUUUACCAAAGAAACAAAGCAAGGAGCAGGAGAAAUCGGAGUGGAUGCCGUUGAGGUACUUGGUGAACGGCAAACCGGGAAAUCGUUCGUCACAGACGCAGGACGAAUCAGCUAGCCAGGAGGUGGAAAAUUCGCAUUCGAGUCAACCUUCGAGCGAACCAAGAAAAGAAGAGGGAAUUGUGGACGGUGAAGAGAAACGGCCGGACACGACGAUCGUGAUCGUCGAACAGAGGAAAACGCAAUGAGCGACC